AUGUUAUUACUAAUUGAUUAGGAACUACAUAAACUACAAGUUUCUCAAAAAGAAAAUCAAGCAAUGCUUAGGCAGAUAGAAAAAGCUAAAAAUAACGAGAGUUCAGCCUAUGAGGAGCUGAUGCAAACAAUAGUAGGUGAUAUAUAAAAAGAGUUUUUCACUACUCUGGAGAAAGAUAUUAUCAGAGUGUCUGAUUUUUAUCAUCAACUAGCUAAAAAUAUAAUCAGAGAAGUUAAUAGUAUUCUUAGAAACAAGGAUCAAUGGAAGACUUCACAUGACCAUUACUUGACUGUUAUUAUAGAAAAUUUGACUAAAAUUGGAAAUGAAGUGAUUGAAAUAGGUCACUUCAUUGAGCUCAAUAUGACUGCAAUAAGAAAAAUACUGAAGAAAUUCGAUAAAUAAUUGGAAAAUGUUUCAAUAUCAUAAGGCAGGGAGCUCUCAACUUUCGAGGAGCUUAAGUAACCAUUGCUAGAUGAAUAGGAAGACAGCUUGCCAACCAGUUCUAACAUGAUCCCAGAGGGAUUAGGCAGCUAGCAUUUUCAUAGGAUGAUGAUGAGUAAACUUAAGAUUCUCAAGAAUACGAUAGAUAUAAUGGAGGAAUCAUUAUCCGCUAUUAAAUUCUCAACGAGUUUUGCAGUAGUGAGUCACGAGGCUCAAGUGAUGAUAGAUGCCUAUAAAGAGGCUGAAUCCCUAGAAGGGUUGUAUUAUUCUCUUGGCAAAAAUGGAGAUAGAUAAACUGAUGAUUAUAACGAUGAAUCUAGUGAAGGAAAAAGUUAAAAUGACAGUAGCUUCAAUGUUAGGACAUUGAAUAUGAAUGAGUUGAGAGCUUAAAGAUAAGAAUUAGAAAAGGCGAAAUAGAAUAAACUUAGACCUGGAGGUGAUCAUCUAUCAAUGAAUCUUCUCUAUGCCUAAGCAUUCCUUUACAGUCUUAAUCAUUUUGCAAUAGUACCUUCUAUAUUUGAAUUUGCAAGUGAACUUGGAGCAAGUGCUACUUUUGCUGGAGUACUUUUGGCAAUGACUCCUUUAGCUACUUCAAUUCAUGCAAUUAUUUAAAAUUUCUGGACUAGAAGAAGUUUCAAGCAUCCAAUGAUAUUCGGAUUACUGAUGAUUAUCAUUAGUAAUCUGCUCUAUAUCUAUGCAUAUCACCAUAGAAGGCUUGAUUUACUUAUAAUUUCUAGAUUCAUUUUUGGCUUUGGAGGUUCUAAAGUCGUUCAUAGAAAAUACAUUGCUAACUAUAUAUUGAAGCAGUACUGGACCCAGUAUUAUCAGAGAUUGAUCUUUAUAUCAUUUUUGGGAAUGUGCUUUGGACCUCUAGUUUACCUAGCUCUUGUCUAUUUAAACAUGGAGUAUAAACUUCAGGAGAGAAACUUUGUAUUGCCAAGCUAUCUUGGCUUCUUGCUAUUUUCAGGGUUUUUAAUAGUAAUUAUAUUCUUCUUCAGGCAAAGAAAGUAUACUAUAGAACAGAAACGACCUAAGUUGAAUUCAAAAUAAUUAUUCAGAAAUAAUACAACAUCUAAUUACAGCUUAGAUUCUCAGUAGUCUGUUGAAGAUGAUGAAAAUACAGUUUAACCUAAUGUAGCUAGAAAUGAAAGUGAAGAAAUUGAUUUGAGGCAUUAUAAUGAGAAACUGAGAUAGAUAAGCGAGCUAAGAGGCUUCUGGUCUAGAUAUGGCUCAUACAUCAUUCUACUAAUAUUGAAGUUCAUGCAAAAGGUCACUCAAGAUGCUCUUAUAGUUAUUCUACCAGUGCUUAUUGCGAUUUCAACAAACGCCUAAUUACCUUUGGGAUUUCCAAGUUUGAGCUUUGUCUGCUUGAUUUACUCUGCUAUGGGUAUUAUGGCACUAUUUAUAAACCUAGUCGUAUCCAGAUUAGACCUUCAAUACUAAGAUAGAAGUAUUCUGUUGAUAUCACUAUUCGCUGCAUCUUUCGGAAUAUUCUUUCAAAUUGAUAUAAUUAAUCAAGGCUCUCUUGUUCUUCAUAUGGUCGGCUUCACAAUUACUUUUAUUGGAAUUGAGAUCAUGGAAGUUGCAAUUGCUGCUCUCACAGCUAAAUUUACUCCUCCAAAUCUAUAAAAAGGAUUAAUGAACCCUAGCUUCUUGCUAACUUUUGCUGGAACAAUUGGUCGAACGAUUGGUUGUUUAGCUAUAACACUAGCAGAUAUAGGAAAUGAAGCCUAGCAAUCGUUUGAACAUAUCACAAACUAUACAUUCGCACCAAUGAUUGGAAUAUAUUUGGUUCUGUUUAUUACUACGAACUGUAUCUAUGAGCAACUUAAAAGUGUUUCCUUCCAUUAGUUUCAGCUUUUAGAUAGAAUUAAAAGAUAAGAUUUUUCCACUUCACAGAUUUAAGGGGGUCAAGCAAUUAAUGAUGACUCUCCUAAGUUUGGACUAAAUCAAUGGAACAACGAUAAAUAAAUUAAAUACUGA